AUGGCCUCAACUUUCCGAGUUAGCGCUGUCUUCGGCCUAGUGCUGUUCUCCCUGCUCCAGUGCUCCUUGGGCGCCAGGAAGCUCACCGCUUUAGUGGAGCAGCAGCCGCUCACCCUCACUUAUCACCAAGGUCACCUCCUGAGCGGCCCCAUCUCCGUCAACCUGAUCUGGUACGGCAAGUUCACCCCGGUCCAGCGCGCCAUCGUCGCCGAUUUCUUCGCCUCCGUAGCCUCCUCCAGCAGCAGGCGCUCCGCGGCAACGGCAGCGCAGCAGCAGCCCUCCGUGGCCACCUGGUGGAAGACCACCGAGAGAUACUACGCCCUGUCGAAGUCUGCGCUGCCCAUCAUCUCCCUCGGCAACCAAACCCUGGACGACUCCUACUCUUUAGGCCGAACCCUCAGCACCCCCCAGCUCGUAGCCCUCGCGGCGCGUGGGGGUCAGCGACGCGCCGUCAACGUGGUGCUGACAGCGGACGAUGUAGCCGUGGAAGGCUUCUGUAUGAGCCGGUGUGGCACCCACGGUGCCUCGCCGCGGUCCAAGAACGGGAGGUUCACCUACAUCUGGGUCGGCAACUCAGCCAGUCAGUGCCCCGGACAGUGCGCCUGGCCCUUUCACCAGCCAAUCUACGGUCCCCAGACCCCCCCCUUGGUGGCGCCCAACGGCGACGUCGGUGUUGAUGGCAUGGUCAUCAACCUCGGCUCCCUUCUGUCCGCUACAUUCACCAACCCAUUCGGCGACGGCUUCUUCCAGGGGCCCCCGGAGGCGCCGCUGGAGGCUGCAUCGGCAUGCCCUGGAAUCUACGGCAAGAACGCGUACCCCGGCUACGCCGGUGACCUCCUCGUUGAUCCCACCACCGGAGCAAGCUACAACGCGAACGGACUGAACGGCCGAAAGUAUCUGCUGCCUGCUCUUGUCGACCCCGCCACCUCCGCCUGCUCUACCGUAGUGUAG